UUGUUUGAGUACGUCGUAGCGGAAGUGUGUUGACUGUCGACAGUUUUGUGGAGUUCUUGUUGUGUCUUGAAAGAGAGAGCUCUAACUUUAUGUUUGUGAUCGAUAAAUGAUCAGCUAAUUGAGCCAGAGGCAGAAUAUCAUCCGCAUAAAACCUAAUGGAGUUACGCAAUAUUUCUUUAACCUUUUGUUUUUUUGGUUUAGCUCUGUUCCUUCGCAUGGGAACACAAGGUUCAGCUUCAAUAUCAGGAAGGAUGCUCAGUUAUUCGGCAACAAACCAGACUUACCCUCAGGAUCAAGGCUUUCUAACUGUUCAUAAUGCUGCUCGUAAGGAGGUUGAUGUGCCGCCUAUGACUUGGAACUAUACGGUGGCCGCCUAUGCCGAAAGUUAUGCCUAUCAGAGGAGUACUGACUGCAGCCUCGUGCAUUCAGGAGGGCCUUAUGGUGAGAAUCUUGCAUGGAGCAUCGGUAACCUUUCUGUAUCUGAAGCUGUGAAUAUGUGGAUUGAUGAAAAGAGCAAUUAUGACUUGGAAUCUGGUUGGUGUGAUUUAGGCCAAGAAUGUGGCCAUUAUUUUCAAGUGAUUUGGCCUAAUUCAAUUCGUCUUGGAUGUGCAAAAGUAGGAUGCGAUAAUGGGGGAACUUUUAUUGUUUGCAAUUAUGACCCUCCCGCUAACAUCACUGGUGACCUUCCAACUGUUGCGAUUCAAUCCGAGUCAGCCCACGUCACAGUAGUAGCAUCGCCAAGCCCUAGUUCUGCAGCAGAAAGUUCAUUUAAUCAGUCGCAAGAUUCACCUCUAGACUACCUGAAUGUUCACAACGCAGCUCGUGCGGCGGUUGGUGUUCGGCCCAUGACUUGGGACAAUGUGGUGGCUGCAUACGCGUUGAACUAUUCCGACCAGAGGAGUGGUGACUGCAAUCUUGUGCCUUCAGGAGGGCCUUAUGGUGAGAAUCUUGCAGGGAGCAGCGGUAACCUUUCUGGAUCUGAGGCUGUCGGAAUGUGGAUUAAUGAGAAGGUCUAUUAUGACUGGAAAUCAAAUGCUUGCGCUCCAGGCCAGAUAUGUGGCCAUUACACUCAAGUGAUCUGGGCUAAUUCAAUUCGUCUUGGAUGUGCAAAAGUAAGAUGCUAUAAUGGGGGAACUUUUGUUAGUUGUAACUAUGAUCCCCCAGGUAACAUCAUUGGCAAGCGUCCAACUGAUGGGAACCAAUCUAUCAUUGAAGCAGUUGAGCCAAGCCCUGAUUCUGCGCCACAUAUCUUUCCUUUGAAAGAAGGAAAGGACAGGAAGGGAUUGGUGGUGGGGUUAAUUGUUGGAGCUUGUGCCUUGAUUUUAGGCCUAGGUUUCAUUUGGUUCGUUUUAUCAAGGGGAAAAAAACAGGAGGACAAAAUAGAUGAUCACAUAUCUGACGUGUUCUUUGGUGGUGAAUUUCAAAAUGGAAUGGCACCUAGGAAAUUUUCCUUGGUAGAAUUAGCUAAAGUGACAAGUAAUUUCAAGGGUGAAAAACUAGGAGACGGAGGGUUUGGUGCAGUUUAUAAAGGGUACUUGAGGGACUUGGAUGCCGAAGUUGCUGUUAAAAGGAUUUCAAAGGCCUCAAAGCAAGGAAUCAAGGAAUAUGCAUCUGAAGUGAAGAUCAUUAGCCGAUUGAGGCACAAGAAUCUGGUCAAGCUUAUUGGGUGGUGUCAUGAAAAAGGGGAACUGAUACUCGUUUACGAGUUCAUGGCUAAUGGCAGUCUAGAUUCUCAUCUUUUCAAAGGUAAGAGCUUGUUGACCUGGGUGGUGAGAUUUAAAAUUGUGCAGGACUUGUCAUCAGCUCUGUUCUAUCUACAUGAAGAAGGAGAUCAUUGUGUUCUACACAGGGAUAUCAAAACUAGCAAUAUUUUGUUGGAUUCUAGUUUCAAUGCUAAACUUGGGGAUUUCGGGUUAGCUAGGCUAGUUGAUCAUGCAAAAGGGUCACAAACCACCCAUUUAGCCGGAACCUUGGGCUAUAUGGCCCCUGAGUGUGUUUCUUCAGGAAAAGCUAGCAAGAAAUCAGAUGUAUACAGCUUUGGAAUUGUCGCAUUGGAACUGGCAUGCGGUAGAAGAUCAAUAGAGCCCAAAUAUGAAGAGUCCCAGGCCUCAUUGGUAGCCUGGGUGUGGGAUUCAUACGGAAACCAAAGGCUGCUUGAUGUGGCAGACCAGAAACUACGUCUGGACUUUGAUGCUAAACAGAUGGAAUGCUUGUUGAUGGUUGGACUGUGGUGUGUCCAUCCAGACCAGAAUUUAAGACCGUCAAUAAGGCAGGCAAUUCAGGUUCUUAAUUUUGAGGCACCAUUGCCAAAACUUCCAAGUACGAGGCCCACUCCCACGUAUGAUGUACCAAUGGCUUCUGGAAAUAGAGCAAGUGAGCCAUGUUUUUCUACUUUGAGUAUUACAGUCCCGCGUUGAAUUGAUCGUACGUGUUUGUAUAACCAAAUUUACAUGUUGCAAUCAUUUUUUUUUCCUUUUUUUUAAACUAGAGUUUGGUGGUACAAUUUUUUUUUUUACAAUUUUUAUGGUUAAUUAUCUUCAAUUGCAAAGGGCCAUAAAUACUUUUAGAUAAUAUUUUGGGUCAAUUGACGCCACUUUUUUUUUUUAAUUUAUAUAAGGUUUAAUUAAAUUUUUUAAGCUGGUCUAAUUGACAAGAAAUUGUGAAGAUAUACUAAUAGUUUGUAGAAGAAAUAAUGUUAUAGCAGGUAUUUAAUAAGGUUUAUAUUUGUUGUUUACAUUUAUUAUGUUUGUAACAAAUCAUGAUAUACCAAGUAUUUAAAAACGAUUAUAUAUAUUAUUGUAUUUA